GUAACGAACACAAACUUCGGGGAACUUGUCGAGCGCAACAAGAGCCAACAGACAUGGGCAACUUCCUCGCCACACCGAUCACCGACAAGGACACUGAUGGAGGCGAGGGAAACGGCCUCUCGUUCGGUCUGGCCACCAUGCAGGGAUGGCGCACAGGUAUGGAGGACGCGCACGUGGCUCAGAUCAACCCUGAAGGGCUGCCCCAGGGCUGCUCGCUCUUCGCGGUCUUUGACGGCCACGGUGGGCGUUUAGCCGCUGACCUGGCAGCCGAGGGGAUCGAGAAGGAGCUGUCCGCUGUCAUGAAGAACGACGUGUUCCCGAACGGCAAGGCGGAUGACGCGGACCCUGCCAAGAUCGGCAAAGCCAUGCGUGACGCCUUUAUGAACCUGGACCAGAACAUCCGUAAAACGUUCGAUGAGAGCUACGGCUCGGACCAAAGCGGCUGUACUGCCAUCGCUGCGCUCGUUACUCCAACACACAUCAUCGUGGCCAACUCGGGCGACUCACGCAGCGUCAUGGCCAAGAACGGCCGCACGGUCGAGAUGUCCUUCGACCAUAAACCCAUUAAUGCCGGGGAACGUAAGCGUAUCCAGGAUGCCGGCGGGCUGGUGCGCAGUAACCGUGUGAAUGGAGAUCUGGCGGUGUCGCGAGCACUUGGCGACUUUUCCUACAAGGCUCGCGCUGACUUGCCCGCGGAGCAGCAACAAGUGUCUGCGGAACCGGAUAUUGAAGUGCAGAAGAUCGACAAAACGGAGGAGUUCUUGGUGCUCGCGUGUGACGGAAUCUGGGACGUCAUGAGCAACGACGAAAUCUGUGCCUUCGUCCGCCAGCUGAUGAGCAAUGGCGAGACGGACUUGAAGUUAAUAGCGGAAGAGAUCCUGGACAACUGCCUACGCGCCGGAAGCCGUGACAAUAUGAGCGCGGUGAUUGUCAAAUUCCCUGGCGCCAAGCUGGGCUCGGGCGGCGGCGUGGCCAAGAUCCGGGAGGAACGUGCUCGCUUGGAGAAAGCUGAGCAGGACACCAAUGAUCAAUUUGACAAUGAGGAUAAUGGAGUUGCAGGUGCCCUACCGGCUUCCAAGUCCUCGUAGUUAUGCAGCGC